UCGCUGGUGUCUUUGAAUGAGGACUUUAUCGCGCCGCUUGAUAACAGAAAGCUCGGUCAAUGGAUGGAGCUGUUUUGCUGAACUGUUCAUGGCGGCUGGCUGCUGCUUUAAUACGGGGCAACUGCCCGUGUAAACUGAAAGCUCCCCGUUCCACUGUGUCUGACGUGCCGAAGCGGCAAUCCAAGCCGUCCUCUGACGACGGGUACUGGGACUGUAGCGUGUGCACGUUCAGGAACAGCGCUGAGGCGUUCAAGUGCUUGAUGUGCGAUGUCAGGAAGGGGACGUCAACUCGAAAACCACGACCUGUCUCUCAGCUGGUUGCACAGCAAGUAAAUCAGCAGUUUGCACCACCCACACACCCUAAAAAGGAGAAAAAAGAAAAAUCAGAGAAAGACAAGAGUGAUAAAGAACCAACGCUGAAAAAGAAAAGCCAUAAAAAGUUGAGGCCCAGGUUAAAAAACAUAGACAGGAGCAGCGCCCAGCAUCUAGAGGUCACAGUAGGAGACUUGACUGUAAUAAUCACAGACUUUAAGGAGAAAGCCAAGCCCAUGUCCACUUCAACGAGCGCUGCUUCAGCAGACCAACACAGCCAAAGUGGCUCAAGCUCUGAUAACACUGAACGAGGGGUCUCCAGAUGCUCCUCGCCACACGGCGAAGGCUCGUCGGUUAAUGGAGAGACUCACUAACCUUCACACCUGCAGUCUGCACAACCCGUUCUACUGCACUCUCUCUACAGCCUCAACCAGAGAUUAAACUUCAACAUGCACGUUUUUUCUAACAAUACUAUACAUGCCAAUAUGAUAGCAUUCACUUCCAUUCGGGGUUGUAUUUUUCACUGCCUUCUCACGAUGGUAAAGAAUUCAGGAGUCAAGACGUAUGCUGUAUGUUCAAUUCAAGGAACUGUCAUGAUGAACUGAAAAGAGGAACUGUAGCAUUAAAUCCCGGAUGUCAGUGGAUCUGUGCCACGUGUUGUGGUGACUUGGGUUUUAACACCUAUGUGUUUCUUCAGCGUCACGCUCAGUUGGUCGUUGCUGCACAGAAUAAAUGAUGCAUUACGAAAGAAAAUAUGAAGAAGUCAUCUCAGAAUUGUAGUUUAUCCUUGAAUUUUGUUAUCAUUAUUUGCACUUAAUGGCAUCCUGUUUUCAUGAUAACAUUUUUUUUAGCAUUAUUUCCACUUUACCAUUAUCAGUAAAUCAUAACACUUUUGGUUACUGGCCUUAUCCAGCUCUCAUUUUAUGCCAUUUGAUGCCAUUAAUUGUUUUACUGUCUAACAUUUGAGUAAAAAUAUUGAAUAAUUAUUCUAACUAUGCUUCUCCUUCACUUGGUAGAGUUAAGCAUGAUUUAAUCUAUAGAAUGGUUUAUAUUGUAAAGUAACGUUAAAUAAAAUAAGUUGUAGAUA